AUGUCUUGGUCGACGAGCGCCUCGUACUUGAAUAUAGGCCCACUACCAGCUACCAGCAAUCACCACAGUCUCAGUCUCAGUAUCAGUUGUCCUGCUGCCGAACCGGACCCGCCCAAAGUAUCCCCCCCUUGUUCGGGCGACGCAUUGGGCCCUGACCGUCCUGGUGCCGAGCGACAUGCACCCAUCACAUCCGCUUCACCCAGCAUCCGGCCGAAUUCGCAAUCGCAGUCGCCGUCACAGUCGACGACGGCAAAAGAAAAGGAGCGGGCCGCCGUCGCUUCAGCAUGCGUGCAGUGUCGCAGCAAGCACCUUAAAUGCGACGGGCUCCAGCCAUGCACGAGGUGCUCCUCCAACAGCUUCGAGUGUGAGUACGUGCGAAGCCGCCGCGGAUUCAAAGGCCCCCGACGCAAUGGCACUCAUCACAAAGCCUCCUCAGUCAUGACUGCUGCUACUGCUGUUCCCACCGCCGCCGCCGCCGCCGCCGCCGAUGUAAGAUGUCCUCAUAUACGCCCUAUUGGACAAGCCGUGAGGGACACUCCCAAUGUUGCCAGUGGUCUAGCCACGCCUCCUGAUCACAGAAUGAUGACCCUUCCUCGGCCGGUCGACCUGCCGCUCUUUGAUAUCGGCCAGGAAGUGGUAAAUUUUGACCCGAGAGCCCAACCGACAGGACUGGAUCUCCGAGAACGGUGUAUCGAGGCCUUCUAUUACCAUUUUUACCCGGCUCAUCCAUUUUGCCUCCCUCGAGCCAGCUACUUCUCGCUUAGGAAGGAGAAGCCGGUAGGCUACCUCGAAGCGGCUAUGCGAUAUGUAGGCUCCUUCUAUGUAUCUCAAGCCCCGACUGUAGCGCUCGGUCUUGACGCAGAACGCUCGAUUUAUCAAACAGACUGCCCGAAAGAUGGCUUCAGGGUCCAGGCAAUGCUCAUCCUUGCCGUGGGUCUCGAUGGAUAUACUUACCAGGAGAAAGCACUGCAGAUCCUCGUCGAUGCUCAAAAUUCCGCUCUGGAGUUGGGUAUGAACAAGCGCGAGUUCGCGAUCAUGAAUGGAGGCGGACUAGAGGUCCUGGAAGAGAGUUGGCGUCGAACGUGGUGGGAACUGUACAUCACAGACGGCAUGAUUGCCGGUGUUCAUCAAAAGAGCACGUUCCGCAUGAAAGAUAUCGACGCCGAUGUACUCCUGCCCUGCGAGGAGAGGGAGUAUAUAUCUGGGAAUAUACCACACGCCCACUCCAUCCAAGACUUCGAUGAUGAAUCUUUCGAUGGAAGGGAUUUCUCAUACUCCUCUUUCGCGUAUCGAAUCGCAGCUAUCCGAAAUCUCGGAAGAGUCCUCCAGUCUCAGGCAACUUUACCCUCCGACGAGCCUGCCAUGGAUAGAGUAGAUGCACAUCUCGUUAACUGGAGACUGCACCUACCAGAUACCAAGAAGACAGUCGUCAGCCCCGAAGGCCAACUGGACGAGAUGCUCUUCCAAGCCCACAUGAUCACCGAAGCCACAACAAUCCUCCUCCACCGCGAAGCCUCCGAGCUCGACUCGAGCGUCGCGCGCAAUGUCACCUCCUGCGCUCCGCACAAAGCCGUCACGCCGGGCGUCUCCUACAACAUCCACGCCGCCAAGACCAUCCAAGCCGCGCAGGACAUCUCCAAACUCAUCCAGCUGCCCUUCCCGCUCGUCAAGCACACCCACUUCUUCACCUGCGUCGUGACCCUCGCCUCUAUCGUCCACCUCUCGUGCUGGUCCUGCCUCAUGCCCCUGGUCCACGACGACGAUCUCAAGCAGCAGCUCCGCCUGAACACCGGGGCCCUGAAAACCCUGUGGCAGAUCUGGCCCUCGGCCGGGAAGGCAUUCGGCCAGGUCAAGGGCGUUGCGCAGGAGAUUUACGCGGGCAAGAAGCAGGCUGCGGAGGUCGGCUUCUGGGCGGAUCUAAGCGAGGACGAGGUUAUGCGGAGUAUGAUUGAGGAUCGGACGAUCAUGGAGGAUCUGGAACUGCUCAGUUGA